UUCUGCGGCGCUGCGAGUCCUCGCAAUAUCUUCUGGCCUCCUUUUCAGUCUCUCAGAUUCCAGAGGGGCGACUACCACAUCGACGUGUGCAUCAACGACUACCUGGAUGUGUUCUGCCCUCACUACGAAGAUUCAGUGCCAGAAGACAAGACCGAACGCUAUGUUCUGUACAUGGUGAACUUUGACGGGUACAGCUCCUGCGAUCACACCUCCAAAGGGUUCAAGCGGUGGGAGUGCAACCGGCCGCACUCCCCAAACGGACCGUUGAAGUUUUCAGAAAAAUUCCAGCUCUUCACUCCCUUCUCACUAGGAUUUGAGUUCAGGCCAGGCCGGGAAUAUUUCUACAUCUCUUCUGCGAUCCCCGAUAAUGGAAGGAGAUCCUGUCUAAAGCUUAAGGUCUUCGUGCGACCAGCAAACAGCUGUAUGAAAACUAUAGGUGUUCAUGAUCGUGUUUUCGAUGUUAACGACAAAGUAGAAAAUUCAUUAGAACCAGCAGAUGACACCGUACAUGAGUCAGCCGAGCCAUCCCGUGGUGAGAACGCGGCACAGACACCGAGGAUACCCAGUCGGCUCUUGGCAACUCUCUUGUUCCUCCUGGCAAUGCUUUUGAUAUUAUAGCACAGUAUGCUCCAGCAACCUGCCGCAGCAAAUACCAGGGUCUUGGAACAUCAAAGAUCCGCCUACCUGCUCAUCCCAAGAAAGGGACUUUAUAUUGGUUUUGCAGAUGUCAAAUCGUUAUUUUUUUCUUUUCCCUUAUUUUUUUCCCCUUUCAGCUUGAACUCUGAGCAAGAAUUUGAGGGGAAUAACUAGUUUCAGCACCCGUCCCUACCCUGUGACUUUCUUAACCCCUUCCAACAAAUAAAAGGACUCCAAAUGAAAAUGCCAAAUUAUAAUAGUGACACUAGUGAUUCUUAUUUUCCUCUGCAUUCUCCUUUAAGAAGUCACCUCUGUAGGCUCACUGUGUCGUCUCUAUGUGGAAAAAUAGUGGGAGAUGCAGUCAGUGAAGGAUAAGGAAAUCCCAUGAAAGCCUGAGAGGGACUUGCUCUCCGACACAAUAUUUAUGCCUUCUCAUUCAGCACUGUAAGAUGAUCAUGCAAGGCGCCGUGUCACCGUGUCAGGACUGGAGGGGACGUAUUAACAAUAGAUAUAAUAUACCACCAUUUCCUCUAGGAGUUUCUAAAUGAGCGGGCUUCUAAAAGGAAGAGACAAUGUUUCUUAGAGGACUGUCUUGAAAUAUCUCUGACAGUGACACUUGUGCUUAGCAGUAGAAAUGCUGUCUUUGGUGAGAGGAAGAAGUGAAUAUUUAGGAACGUUAGCACACAGCAGGCAAGGUCAGAUCUAGAAAAAUUCACUGGGGGUGUGAGUGCCUCUCUUAUUUCU